AUGAGCCCCGCGAUGGCCUGCGCCGCGGCCGUCACCGGGAAGCUGAAGGACGUGCGCGCGCUGACGGCCCCCGCGGUCUCCGACAAGAUCGCGAUGAUGAAGGAGGCGCUGGACUCGAAGCUGUUCUACACAGACAAGGUUGUCCUGCCGCAGGACUUCUCGCCGGGGAAGCCGGAGAAGAAGGAGGUAGUCGCGAACGCUGCCGUGGCUGUCCCUCAGGAGGCGUCUGCGGGCAUGCCGAAGUUCGUCACGCUGGACAAAGUGAUAGCUGCACCGUUGCGAAAGGAUAACGUCGACACCGACUGUAUCAUUCCGAAGCAGUUCUUGAAGACGAUCAAGCGAACAGGGCUUGGCAAAGCUGCCUUCUUCGAGCUCAGAUACGAGGACGAUGGGGAGACGGAGAGGCCUGACUUUGUUCUCAACAAGCCGUAUUACCGGAAGAGCGAG